CUCUCGUUCUCAUCAUCUCUCUCUGCUCUCGGCGCGUUCAUGUCGACUCCAUAAUCUCAUUCGCGCGCAAACUUCCUCCCACUCCGCCCCUGUUUCUCCACUCCCCGCCUCCACCUCCGCACCUCGGCACCUCGACGCCAUGCCCUUCAAGUGGCUCAAGCGCCGCCGCAACACGCUCGCGGCGGACACACCAGCACCCUCACUCCCUCCGCCCCUUCCAAGUCCACGGCACUCGCACUUUGCCGCACAGCAGCGCGGUGCUUCGAGCGCGACAUACGCGCACCCCUCAACGCCAAGUACGGGCAGCACGCCGAGUGAGGCCCCGAAGAUCCGCCGCCGCAAGUCGUUCUUCCAGACCAUUGGCCUCGCAAAGGACAAGGACAAGGAGCGCAAGCGCGCCAGCUCGUUUUCCGCCCCGCCUCCGCGCUUCGACAGAGACGCGCCCCCCGUACCCCCACUACCCAACGGCGCGACGCCUAUCGCGUCCCAGUUCGCGCCGCCGCAGCGUCUCGAGCCCGCUCCUCCACGCAAGCGCAAGAGCCUCAUCCCGCGCAAGGCGCCGCCCAGCGCAUGGGCCGGCGACGCCACCCCCGCGGGGGCGCCCCCUCCCGUCCCGCCCAUCCCGGCCGCCGCGAAGCCCAACCCACCAGCGCCCCUCCCACGAACAGGGCCGCUCGGCGCCGUCCAGUUGGACGAUAUACGUGGCGGCGAGCUGCCCGAUAGUCCGCCAUUGCAGCUGGGCGCGGGGCAGUUUAGCGCGCUCGACGCGCUCGACCGCCUGGACGCGAUUGGGACGCUCGACCUGGGAUCCAGCCUCACUCAGCCCCAGCAGAUCUCGCGCGUACCACCAUCGUCGUUCGCUUCGGGCGCAGCGAGCAAGCGCAACAGCAUCCCUGCGCUCGAUAAGCCGCUACCCUCACCUGGCAUCGCGCCGCCAGCGACCAGCAAGCGCGCAUCGCUUGAUCCUCGUGCGAGCUCCGGCGCAGGCUUCCCACAAAUCGACCGAUCAGUGCUCUCGCCCGGCAUGUCACUCAGCGCGGAUAUCCCUGCGCUCCCAGUGAAGGGGACGCGCAAGAGCGUGACUCCGGAGACGUUCGCCCCGAAGAGCGCCAGUAUCCGCACCGCGUCCUCCAGCUCGGCGGAUACGCGCGCCACAUCCGUGCAGUCGAGCUACCGCAAGCCGCCGCCGAGCAAUGUAGAGAUCGUGCCGCUGCCAGAUAUCCUGAACCGCCCAACGGCGGGCUACGCUGCGCCAGCCGGUGUGGACAGUGCCGUCUCGGCACAGGAGGGCGUAGAGGCGCCCAAGCCGCCCGCAAAAGUCGCGAAGGGCGCAAAGGACAUGGAGGACGCGCCCAAGCCGCCCGCGAAAGACACAGUGAACGCGCCGACACCUGUCCCAUCACGCGACCCAGAGCUUCCUCCUAUCAUGGGCGGGCCGGAGAAGAUCCAGGCCACGUUUGGCAGUGCGGGACAACAAGCUGUCGAGUCUAAGGAGAAGCCUCAGACGUCACGCGCAGCCGAGUCGCAGUCCGGCCCAGAUGCGCGAGCACCUCAAAUUCCGCCGAUCAUGGGCGGGCCGGCCAAGAUCCAGGCUGUGUGGGAGAGCAGUCACACCUAUCGGGAGGAGAAGGCUCGGGAGGAGGCGAAAGCAAGGGAGGAGACGAGGACUAAGGAGGAGACGAGGGCUAAGGAGGAGACAAGGGCUAAGGAGGAGACGAGGGCUAAGGAGGAGACGAAACAGGAAGCGGAGACGUCAAAGCAGGGCGACACCCAGGCCGAGAGCAAGCCCGAAGAGUCCAAAACGCAGGAAACGACCGACGACACAACUUCCUCCGACGACAAGCGAGCGGCCGUCGACACAACACCUGUUGCCACGGGCGAAACCGAGGAGAUGGCAGACGAUGUUUCGGAAGCGGCGUCCGAUGUCCAACCCAUCACGACUGAGGGGCUCGGCCGCGCACGUCUUACCUCAACAUCGACGUGGGGCGCAUCAACAGAGCAACUAGUGGACCGCGCACCAUCGGAGCCGCGGAUGAGCUUUGACGCGCCGCGGCCCGUUAGCGCAUUCGUCGACCGGCCGAUGUCAGGCUACGAUGGACAGUUCUUGGGCACGCCGCCCAGACUACCUAGCACGCAGACGUUCGGUAAUCUGCCGGGCACAACGACAUUCGGCGCUCUGCCGCGUCCAACGAGCAUAGCCGUGCCCGUUGAGGAAGACGAGGACGAGCCGCCGCGCACACUCGGAGCCGUGGCGGAGAGUGAAACAGCGCAGGAAGCAGCCCACGCCAGCGUCCCCGCCGACGAAAUGGCUCCCACACCCUCCCCGCUCCCCGUGACGCCGCCCCGCCUACCCGCCAUUCUCCCACCUUCACCUGGCGUGCCAGAGCUGUAUACGCCGGACGCGACGCCGCCCUCGCAAAACAUCCACACACCCGCGCCUGACCACCCCGAGCCAUUCAAACCUACCCGCUCCGUCUCGACACCGAGCAAGCCGCAGCUCGUGCGCUCGCUCACGCGCCCCGAGUCGCCGCACGAGCGCGAGGUUCAGCGCAUGCCCUCGCUCGGCAACCUGCGCCCGCAGCGCGCCGUGACGGCGCCCGUGCGGGGCGCCGACGAGCCGUCGCUGGACGAUUUCAUGACGUUGUUCCGCCAGGUCCAGAAGCGCGGGCAAGGCGUGGGCAUCCGCGCGGCGGCGGCGGCGGCUGAGGGGCGCGAGCUGAAGGAGCGGCGGCCGUACGGGAUCGGGUUGGGACAGCCGACGACGAGCUAAGCGGGAGUAGAGUGAGGGCUCUGAGCGAGAGAGGAGUCCCGGAGUUGAGCGGAGAGUGACAAAGCAGAGAGAUAGUGUUCGAUUGCAGCGCUGAGCGCUUGUAUACAUUGCAUCUAUGAUGGCCGUGGCGCACGCGCGGCCAGCGCACUGACUGGGGCAUGGGUGCGGGGCUACGAUGGGGCACCGAGGAUCUCGCGUAUGUAUCGCGUAUCUGCUUGUAUGCACUCGACGCCGU